AUGAAUAAUUCUUCGUCCACUAUUAUUCCUCAAGAGAAUGCAACAACUGCUAUACGUAUAUUUGGCGGUAUUUCUUAUGCGCUUCUCUCGACAAUGUCAAUUCUUAUGAAUACUUUAUUAAUUUCUGUACUUUUUUAUGGGCAUUACCAAUUUCGCCGACUUGCUUUCUUCACCUUAGCCUGGCAGAUGGUUUUUUGUGAUUUAAUGACACAAAGUGUCCAAUUAAUUAUUGCUGUUCCAGUGACAUUAAUGAGCCAACCCAUUUAUGGUCACCCAACUUGGUAUUAUGUUAUACUUUUUGUUGACACCUUUGCCUACAAUGCAACUCUUCAUUUUUCUGCUUUAAUGACUUUAAAUCGUCUUUGUGUUUUCUUCGCCCCACGUCUUAAUACCAUUUUAUUUUCACCCAACAAUAUAACAUUAACGGUUGGAGCUCUCUGGCUAUACGUUCUUGGAUUCUGUUCUUGUUAUAAUUGGAUUGGAUGUAAAAAGGCUUUCUCCGAAACUGGCUUUUUUAUGUAUCACGAUUGUCCUGAACAACUUUCUACUUUUGGAGUUAUUUUUCGUUCGAUAAGCUUCCAUUUAAGUACUUAUUUGCCUGUUUUAAUGUUAAUUGCUUAUUUGGCAACUUUUGUUUAUAUCCGUUUCUUUUUUGGUCGUCAAAAUCGUGUUAGGGCCACAACCAUCCAAUCAAGUAUUCGAUCUUUAGCUCGGGAUAAGGAAGAGGAGAGAAUACAAAAAGCUAGGCGUCAAAGAGAAAAGAAUUUUUUGGUUCAGAGUUUUCUUAUCUGUGGUUUUUUGGAGAUACAAAAUCUCGCAUUUGAUAUAACCCCAGCUAUAUUUGCCUCAUUUAAAGGGCAAUGGUCUUUUUUGGUUACUUUUGCUGAAAAUUGGAUUUCAAUACUUUUAAACAGCAUUUCUCCAAUAAUUUUAUUUUCCUUUAAUGGAGAUGUCAGAAAAUGUUUAGCAGAAUUAUUUAAUUAUCAACCUCAAUGCUGUUUCGGUCCCCAAAUUAAUCAAAAUAAUAACAAUUUACCUGUCCCCUUUACACAAUCUUUUACUGUCCCUCCAUCACAAUUACUUCGACCUAUGGCUUUAAAUAGAAGAAUAUCUGGUGAAAAUAAUAUAGAACAAAUUAAUAGUAGUGAAAGAAUUGAAACUUCCCGAAGACAAAUUUCUUUUUGA